AUGGAUAUCUUCAUUCGAAAUGUUCCGCUUCAAUCCACCACGGAUCAGCUGAAGGAUUUCCUGAGGACCAGCCUGCUCCAGCUUGGCGUUCUCGCGUUCGAGCUCAAUAAGGUCAGGAACAAGAACUUCGCCAUCUUGUCUCUUCCCGAUGUAGAUAAGGCGACGCAAUUUCUCCUUCUACACGGAGCGAGAUUUCGGUCCACUCCAAUGCAACCUCUGUACUUUGGCGGGUCUGCUCUCAACUGCACGGCCAGCAAGAACGCGCAAGACGAGCAUCUAAGGAAGAGCUUACAGCUGGCCGACAAAAAGACCCGCGAGAGGCAAAGCCAACCUUCAAAGAAUGCAGCUCUGAAUUCCAAGCGAAAUCUUCAAACCGUCUUUGCAUUCCGGACGUUGCAUUGCGGAGCUUGGUCUUAUCAGAAUUCCCUGCUUACUUUCGAUCAAUACUAUCGAGACGAGAGAGCUGGGACAAUUACCUUUGGUACAUCCUCACUUGUGGUUCUGCUGCAUCGCAAUCCAGACCUCCCCCAUUGCCGGCUUGAUGUUCCGUACUAUAGUAUCGAGCAUGUUCUUACGGGGAACUCCACGACCGCAACGAUAUCCCUUACCCUCAGGUGGCCUCCAAAGAUCUACGAGGAUACACUUGCAGGUGACAUAUACAAGCCCAAUUCCACUACCACUGAGGAUCUUCUAGCCAGCCUGAUGAAACUUUCAAUUAGUUCCGCCAAACUGGCUCCGACCGCGCCGGCGUUCAUUCCUUCGCAACAAGACAGGUCUCAGGGAAAGAGGAUUCGGCUUUCAUCGAUUGCAAAAGGGCAUGAGGGUACUGUGGGAUCUUGCUUUGUCUACCAGGUUUCCCUAUCCGACCGACGAUUGAUGGAGGAGGCUGUUCGGACGAUCAAAAAGAGGGCGGGUAUACCCGACCACAUGACCUUUGAAACCCGUGUGCGGAAGCCUCCAACCACCUUCACGCAAGACUACUCUAGACUGUCUUCCGUCUUGGCGGACUAUACGAGAAAUAUAUCUUUGACCUACCCAGUCCGGUUCCAGCUGGAGCGUCUGGCGCUGAACGGCAUCCUGUCACCUUCAACAAUCCAAAUCCUAAUACCAGGCUUAGCCAGCCUUGUUGCCGUUUACAAAACAAACCAAGUCGCCACUGCUUUAGGAAGACUAGUACAUGAAGUUGAGUUUCCGGGUCCACGAGCAGAAACCAAGAAUUUCAGGCCCGAUGAACUGUUAAAGCGCCUUCGUCAUCAUACUGAAGCUGCAUACAAAGAGCAAGACGAAUCAAUAUACAAGCGCGUAGAGGAGCGUGAGCAUCUGGCCCUCGUCCACAAAGUUUUGAUCACUCCAUGCGGCCUGUUACUCACUGGCCCCGACCCUGAGGUAACGAACAGAGUUUUGCGCAAGUACGCAAAGUAUCACGACUAUUUCCUUCGAGUUACCUUUGGUGACGAAGAUGCCACGCCUGUUCAUUUCGACGCACGUGCAAACCAAGAGAGAAUCUACCAUGGUCGCUUCAAGCAGAUCCUUGACAAAGGGGUGAACAUUGCCGGUCGAACAUUCAAAUUCCUCGGGUUCUCGCAUUCGUCUCUAAGAAGCCAGUCCUGCUGGUUCAUGGCACCGUUCACGCUCGACGGUGGAUUGGUGUUUUCUCCAGACGUGAUCAGAGGCCUCGGAAACUUCACGACCUUUCGUUCUCCUGCGAAAUGUGCUGCCCGGAUUGGUCAAGCAUUCUCUGAUACCUUGACAUCCGUCUCUCUCCCUGACGGAGCAUGGUUUGAGACUAAGGAUGUGGAGAGAAACGGCCGCGUGUUCAGUGAUGGCUGUGGAACGAUCUCUAUGAAACUUCUUAGGCAGGUGUGGCUUGAGUAUGGCGUCGGAAAAUCGUUGAAGCCAACAAUACUUCAAAUUCGAAUGGCUGGCGUAAAGGGAGUAGUCUCGCUAGACUCUCGUCUCGAUGGCUAUCAGAUUUGCACACGGCCAUCAAUGGAGAAGUUUCAUGAGGCAACCUCUCAUGACAUCGAACUUUGCGGCGGGUCGUUCUCACCCUUGCCGCUACACCUAAACCGUCAGUUUAUCAAGAUUCUGGAAGACCUUCAAGUGCCAGCCAAAGCGUUCUUAGAGCUUCAAGAGCAAGUAGUCCGCCAGCUUCGACAAGUCACACUCCACACCUUGAACGCAUCUGUUUUCCUCGAGUGGGCCCACAUAGGACAAGCAGCGAAGACAGCGAGCCUGCUUAAAAGGAUGCACACCAUCGGACUUGAAUUUCAGCAGGAUAAGUUCCUCACCGACACCAUAGAAAUUGCAGUGCUUUCCAGACUCCGAGAAAUCAAGCAUCGCUCCCGUAUUCCGGUAGAAAACGGCUAUACGCUUUACGGAAUCAUGGACGAGACUGGAUAUCUGAAGAAGGGCCAAGUCUAUGUUGCAACGGAAAAGAUGAAAGAUGGGAAGCGACAACGUUCGGUGUUAGUACGAGAGCGAGUGGUGAUCACUCGAGCACCGGCACUCCACCCAGGCGACAUCCAGUUGGUCGAGGCUGUUGACGUGCCAUCGAACUCACCGUUGAAGAACAUCUACAACUGUGUCAUGUUCAGCCAGUGGGGAGAUCGAGAUCUGCCGAGCCAACUCAGCGGCGGAGAUCUUGAUGGAGAUCUCUAUCAAGUCAUCUAUGAACCUCGACUGAUACCAAAAGUGACCAAGGAGCCGGCUGACUACCCUCGUCAGGAGCCGGUAGACAUCGGACGUCCGGUUGAGCCGAAAGACAUGACCGACUUCUUCAUCAAAUUCAUGGAAACGGACCAACUGGGACGCAUUUCCACCCUUCAUCAGAUAUUGGCCGACAAACACACCACCAAAGACCUCCCAGGAACGUUCCACCCAGAGUGCAUAAAACUAGCAGAAAUGGCCUCCACUGCUGUUGAUUUUUCCAAGACAGGCAUUCCGGUCGACCUUUCCAAACUCCCCCGAGGAGACAACGGCGUCCGCCCCGACUUCAUGGCCACCGGACCCCGCGUCUUCGUUGAGUCCAAAGGCGCCGUGCUCGAAGACGCCGAAGAGGACGACGACGAAGUCGACCCCGUCCGCGCACUCGACCCGGACCAGCGCAAAUUCCGCUACUACGAGAGCGACAACGUCCUCGGCCGGCUCUACCGCGCCAUCGACGAAGCAAAGUUCUUCGAGCAGAUGCAGAAGGACUCAAGGACUGCGAAGGCCAAGGAUCCGAGAAAUAGCUUGAUGGAAAAAUUGUUGCAGCAUGUCAAGCGCGAGACGGUGGGAUUGCAGUAUCUGCAGUAUAUGGAUUUGGCGAGGACGUUGAGAGAGGAGUACGAAUCCAACCUCGUCAGCAUAAUGGCACAAUACUCCACCCACCCGGCACAUCCCCUCAAUGAACUUGAAGUCUUCUCCGGAUCUAUCCUAGGCAAAUCCCUCGGUGCGCAGAAUAAGCAGACCCGCGAGCACGCGAAGGAUAUGGUUGAGCGCUUCAACCGCGACGUCACCGCCGCUAUCAAGGUGAUUGUGCAAGGAGAUGAGGAGGACGAAGAAGACGAUGACGUGAAGAGGGAGGAGGCGCUCCCGCGUGCGCUGGCGUGCUUGGAGAAUUCGCUGAGGGAGGUGGGGAGUUGGCCAAGGAAGGGGCUGGUGAGUUGGCGGUAUGUGGUUGCGGCGGUUUGUUUGGAGGAGCUAGAGAGGGCGAGGUUGAGGAGCGGUUUGAGGGGGCCGGUGAGGCUUUAUGCAUGAGCGUGAGGACGACGUGCUGCUGAAAAGUGCUGAGAGGAAUCGGAAGGCUAUAGCCAUGGGAAGGCAUACAUCACGAAACGGGGUGAAAUAGUCUCCGAGCUGGUCUCUUUCAAGGGCAUUGGGCGCUAUGUUAUGGAUGCUAUGGGAGAUGCCCUUGGGCUCUUAGGUGUGGCUAAGCACAUGAAUGGAAGCUGAGAAUGAUUAUUGAGACUCGUGCAAGCUGCUUUGCUAUUGUCUGUGGCAUCCAAGAGAAAUUGGCGAAGAUAAAGUGUCAGCGGAUCAGUGGUUCAGUCACGUACUGCUUACGACUGCCAGGGGUGCUCCAGUACGACAUGAGGAAUGGAGACAGGAUAUUAUGCUCUCAAGCAUGUGAAUUGAACUUAAAGAUCAGGCCUUAGGGAGACGCGUUUGCCACGGUAAGACUAUGGUGUCGUGGGGGUGGGCUGCGGGACUCGCC